UCUCGAAUGCAUACACGAUAUUCGGUGAUGCCUAGCUAGGCCUAGGUAAAUAAAUUUGCAAAAGCCUUGGAAUUCGGCUGGACAGGCCUAGGCCAAGAGUUUUCCCUAGAAAAUGAUUACCCUUUUCUUCAGUUAUGAUCGAUUAUAAAGGGAUUAGUGUUCGAUUUUAUAUAUUCUUGAUAAAUUUAGGCUCUAUUAUUUGUUUUUUUUGUCCUACCAAGAUUCUUCAAACCGUACUUGAACCCCCAACAACAAUGGACAAUGCAACAGCUGUUCAAGAUGAUGAUAUGCCUGUACCUCCUGAACAACUAACAUUGGAGAAAGAAACUCAAACGACAAUGGAAUUAGUGCACUGUGCUUGUUGCAGCAAGACCAAGCCAAAGGCCAGACUUAAGAAUUCAAGUUUUCAGUGGAAUGGACGUCCAAAGAUGAUUGAUAAAGGAAAUCAAAUAUUUCCUGAAUCAAGUAAGCCUGAUGAGAUGCCAAAUGCUAUGCCGGUCGAUGUUUUAUCUGAUCAACCAUCUGAUGAACCAUCUGAUGACAGUAGUGAAGAUGACAAUGAUUAUGACGAUGAUUACGAUAUUGACGAUGAUCAGCGAGAUCCCGAUUACAUUCCAUGUGAAGAAGAGGAUGAGGAUGAUUUUGAAUUGAAUCACACUGAUGGUGGCUGCAGUGGUGGCAGAAAAUUUCUGGUGUUUGAAGAGGAACUGCUAGCAGCGUUUAGCACAUGUCUAAUGUGUGGUCACCCAACCACGCGCAAAAUAUCUGCAGUUAUUGGGACAUUUUGCAGAAUAAAACAAUACUGCAUGAACUGUAAUUUUGAAAGAUUAUGGAGUAGCCAACCGAUCGUGAUAUAAUAUU